UCCCGAUCCCGUGUUUUGGACGGCUUCGUAAGCCCUAGGAUCCGGUGGCAGCAGUCGUGGGCAUCGAGCAGGUGGUGCAGAUAUGAGAAAUGAGUGUUGGACGUCGGAGGAUAAAGUUGUUGGGCAUCCUGAUGAUGGCAAAUGUCUUCAUUUAUUUGAUUGUGGAAGUCUCCAAGAGCAGUAGCCAAGAAAAAAAUAGAAAGGGGGAAGUAAUAAUACCCAAACAGAAGUUCUGGAAGAUAUCUAGUCCUCCUCAGGCAUACUGGAACAGAGAACAAGAAAAGCUGAACAGGCGGUACAAUCCCAUUCUGAGCAUGCUGGGCAACCAGACAGGGGAUGGCUAUGGGCCUUCCAAUGUGAGCCAUCUGAAUUAUUGUGAACCUGACCUGAGGGUCACCUCAGUCAUAACAGACUUUAACAAUUUGCCAGACAGAUUUAAAGACUUCCUGUUAUAUUUGAGAUGUCGAAAUUAUUCACUGAUUAUAGAUCAACCAAAUAAAUGUGCAAAGAAACCCUUCUUACUGCUGGCAAUUAAGUCACUCACUCCACAUUUUGCCAGAAGACAAGCAAUUCGGGAAUCCUGGGGCAGAGAAACCAACGUGGGGAACCAGACCGUUGUGCGAGUCUUCUUGCUGGGCCAGACCCCCCCAGAGGACAACCAUCCAGACCUUUCAGAUAUGCUGAAGUUCGAAAGUGAGAAGCACCAGGACAUUCUUAUGUGGAACUACAGGGACACGUUCUUCAACUUGUCUCUGAAGGAAGUGCUGUUUCUCAGGUGGGUGAGUACUUCCUGCCCAGACGCGGAGUUUGUUUUCAAGGGCGAUGAUGAUGUUUUUGUGAACACCCAUCACAUCCUAAAUUACUUGAAUAGCUUAUCCAAGAGCAAAGCAGAAGAUUUGUUUAUAGGUGAUGUGAUCCACAAUGCUGGGCCCCAUCGGGAUAAGAAACUGAAGUACUACAUCCCAGAAGUUGUUUACUCCGGGGUCUACCCACCUUAUGCAGGAGGAGGUGGCUUCCUCUACUCCGGCCACUUGGCUUUGAGGCUGUACAGUGUCACUGACCGGGUCCAUCUUUACCCCAUCGAUGAUGUGUAUACUGGAAUGUGCCUUCAGAAACUCGGCCUUGUUCCAGAGAAACACAAAGGCUUCAGGACAUUUGAUAUCGAGGAGAAAAACAGGAAUAACAUUUGUUCCUAUGUAGAUUUGAUGUUAGUACAUAGUAGAAAACCUCAAGAGAUGAUUGAUAUUUGGUCAAGGUUGCAAAGUGCUCAUUUAAAAUGCUAAAAUAUAUACAAGCUAAAUUUUGCAUAGAAAGGCAUAUUUGGACUAGUUCCCAUAUUGUAUUUUCACAUUAGGUAAUUUGUACGUUAAACCAUCAGAAUUGCCUUUAUAAAUAGUAUCCAUUUGAGGGCCUCCAAACCCUUGAAUUUGGUACUUUUGUGAUGGAAAAAGCAGAUGACAAUUUUUUAUGGAGGAUAUGGCAGGAGAUUGAUUCUAAUCCCUUUUACUGACUGGUGGUCAUUAUUUUCUAAUUUGUCCCCUCUUCUUAUCUGCAUCUUGUUUCUAGAAUUUGACCACUGUAAGUUUUUUUUUUUUUUUGUUUUUUUUUUUUUUUUUUUUUUUUUGGUC